CCUUUUUCACAAAAGCCAUCAACUCUCCUCUUUAUUUUUCAUACUAGCAUCUUCAAUAUUUGUUAAUCAAAAUCAAUAAUCCACUACAACUUCCGCAUAUUAAUUCUAACAUUUGGUAUCAAGAGCCACUAAUCCAAAGCCUUUUUUUUUCAAUCAUAUAUCAUCCAAAUUUCAUAUCAAUACCAACUCCACAUAUAUAUAAAUGGCCUCCCCUAACCCCAAUUCAAACACAAACACAAACAUAUUUAAUCCCCAAGUUAAUUGGGUACCUAUAUUUAAAGGGGAGAAAUUUGAUCAAUGGAGUAUGCAAAUGAAAUCAAUUUUCAUUACCCAAGAUAUAUGGGAAAUUAUUCAAGAUGGUUAUGAACAACCCAAAGAUGCCAAUGAAGAGGCUUCUUGGGAUGACACUAAAAAGUGUCAAUACAAGCAAAACAAAAGAAGGGAUCAUUAUGCCCUCUCUAUAAUAUAUCGUGGAGUAGAUGAGACGAUCCUACCAACAAUCAUGACCGCCACAACUGCAAAGGAGGCAUGGAGCACUUUGGAGACAAAAUAUCGAGGCUCGGAAAAGAUGGAAGCCCAAACAGAUGACAUAGAAUCUUCGAUCCAACACAAGCUUGAUUCCUUACGUGAAUCUCUAUCUACUCUAUGCAUAUAUAAGGUGCCUGAACACAUCCGAAAGGUAAACCGAGAAUGUUAUCAGCCUUCAAUCGUUUCCAUCGGUCCAAUCUACCAUAAAAAAUCAUCCUCAAAAUGUUCAAAAGAGCUAAAACUAAGGCACCUCAAAUGCUUUCUAGAAUUUGGCUCCCAAAUCUAUGGAGACGAUCAAGCUUAUACACUAGGAGAAUACAUAGACAUCAUCAAACAUUGGGAGGAUGAAGCUUGAUCUUACUACGGAGAUAAGAUAAGUCUUUCGAGCAAUGAGUUUAUAGAGAUGAUGAUGGUCGAUUCUGCUUUUAUCAUCUGUUAUAUUAUGUUCUAUAGUGACCGUCAUUUUUCACUACGGAUGAAUCCUAUGGAAAAAAAGACGGCAUGGAUGGUGAAAGUAGAACAAGAUUUGUUCUUAGAAGAUAAUCAACUUCCUUUCUUUGUCAUCAAUAAGCUGUAUGGCAUAGCAUUUGGUAGAGCUUAUACUGAUAUUUCGUUUAAGGAUCUUACCUGUAAUUUCAUAAGCCAAACUUAUAUUCCUGGUAGAGAAGCUGCCCGUAUAGUUGGUCGAGAGAAAGUUAGCGAUGCAUCACAUAUUAAACAUUUGGUUGAUUUUCUAAGGAUCUGUUGCUUACCUCCUGAACGUAAUCUGGGUAAUUCUAUAGUGGUUGACCAAAACCAAGAAAUCGUCAUAACCCAACAGAGGAUGUGUUGCUUACCGCCAAAACACAAGAAUCAAAACCCAGAUGAUUUAGAUCAUAGUGAAGAUUCUGAUCAGUUUCCUCCAAGUGCGAAAGAGUUGAAAGCUGCAGGAAUAAAAUUUAAGGCAACAGAUGGUAAGAAUUUGCUUGAUAUAAAGUAUGAAAAUGGGGUUUUACAGAUUCCAACACUGACAAUCCAAGACACAACAGAAUCUAUUCUUCGUAGUCUGAUAUUUUUCGAACAGUGCCACCAUUUUUCAGAUUCUUACUUUACAGAUUAUGUCUUCUUCCUAGAUGCAUUGAUUGAUACUCCAGAAGAUGUUCAAAUACUUGUUCAGCAUGGAAUAAUUAAGCAUUGGCUUGGUAGUGAUGAUGAGGUUGCAACAAUGGUGAAUAGAAUGACCAGAUAUAUAACGAUAUACACUCCUAAUUUCUAUUAUUCCCAAAUUUCUCGGAAGCUCAAUAAACAUGCUGGUACUAGGUGGAAUAAAUGGCGGGCUAUACUCAAAAGAGAUUACUUCAAUCAUCCGUGGUCUGUUGUUUCUGUUAUUUAUUUGGUGUUACUUCUUAUUCUUACUGUGUUACAGGUUUAUACUGGUUUUAGAGGGCUAGGGUAGAAAUUUUUUGGAAAGGACUCAAAUUGACCUCAAAGUUUUUUUGGAAUUAGAUUGAAAUAAAAUGGUCCAAUUUAAAAUCCAUUCGAUCGACCGUUUUGACAAACUUGGAUUCGAUCAAGACUUGUAUUUUGAUCAUUAUUUUAGCUCUAAGACUACUUACUUUGUUAUUUGUUUUUCAA